AGUCCUUGCUUCUCCGUCCAGGCGGAUACAUCGCUCCCUUCGUCAUUGUACUAUUCACAUAACAAUGACGUCCCUUCUACCCCGUGUGUUUUUAUUUGUCCUCGUAUUGUCCACCCUCUCUCGUCCCGUGACACCCUGUACAUGUUCAUUGUCCAGUGCCACCUUGAAAUGUUCCGACUGCUCGUCCAUACCGACCUUUUCUGACCCCUCUAACAUCCAGCACCUCGACCUCUCCUCCCCCACCAACACCUUGACCCAUUUGACCUCCAACGUCUUCAUCAAUGCGGGAUUCUACAACCUGAAAUCGAUCAAUUUGUCCUCCUCCGGACUUGUAGAGGUGGAUGAGGCGGCAUUUCUGGGAAUCACAGAAUUCCAAAAUGUCCACGUCGACCUCAGCCAGAACAAAAUAUCUUCCGUAAAAUUGGACCGUUACACACACUCCCCGGAAUACGUGAACCUAAGUGGCAAUCCGAUCAAGCAACUUUCCUUUGCACCCGUAGCAAUAAACGCAAUGGUGGAUCUGAGUAAUUGCUCGAUGACAAAACUUCCACCAGGUUACCCGUUCAGGAACAAGUUUGCAUUCGUAGUAAAUCUGGCCUCCAAUAAGUUGGAGACAUUGAGCUGGACAAAUUUUGAAGGUGCAAUUUUUCUCAGCAACCUCACAUUGCGAGACAACCCGUGGAGAUGUGAUUGCCACAUGCACUUUCUAAACGACUAUCUCCGCUAUGUGAGGAAAGUCGAUGUCUCGGGAGAUGUGGUUUGUCAAACGCCGGAUAAUUUGAGGGGUCGAGUGUUAUCCACGAUCCCACCGGGAGAUCUGGGUUGUCCAGUGCGGGAUAUAAAGGUGUCGUCAAAAGUUACAGGGAAGAAGAUACUGCUAACAUGUGUGGCGGAAAGUUACCCAGGGCCGGAAUUUGAGUGGAGGCAAGGUCCAAAUCACACGGGUGAUUUGCUAACGAGUGGGAACGGGAUUUCCAUUUACACCGUGUCCCCACCCCCCUCGCAGACGGGGCAAUUAUACCGAUACAAUUGGGAAAGUAGGGUUGAAAUCUGGGCAAAUAGUUCGGCCUACAUGGAUCCUUCGACAUUCUGGUGCACGGUGAAAAAUCGGCACGGCUGGGCCUAUCAGGGUAUCACAAUUUCAGACUAUACCACCCCCUCAACGAGACCGGAAAGUGUGUCUGAAUCCAGAAAUGAGAUCACGAUUGACCCAGAAGUUCAAACUUCGACCUCUCAGAUUUUGCAGAAAUACGGCACCAAAACUAAUUAUGAGGCUUCGCUAGUCACAAAUUUAUCUGUGAUAAUUGGCAUCCAAGCUGUAGUAAUUUUGAUCAUGGUCGCGAUGUUUAGUCUCGUUGUGGUUCGACUAACAUACAAACCUUGUUGUCACACGUUGGUCCCAGGAGAUGCGAAUCCUCACGUGGAGCCAACACCACCUCCGAGUUAUAUUGGAGAGAAAUCUGAAACUUGGCAAGACGGCGAUAAUAAGAGUGAAUGAGUAGACAUAGUUAUAAAUUUUGCAAAAAGUAGCCAUAUUUCAUGUUUUUUUAUUCAACCUUUUCCUUGCAUUCUUAUUGAAAUGAAAAUUAAUUUAAUUAAUAACUCUUACAUAAUUUUGAUAUGGACAAAAGCAAUAAAUUUUACAAUUUUGUAC